GGUAAACGUACCAAUUAUUGACACCUUAAGGCAAGAAAAACCUUUUAAAAAAUCACCAAGGUUAUACUGAUCACUUAAGGUCCAAUUUAUAUUUUUUAUAUCAUUUUUUGGACUUUCCCGAACAAGAUGACCAUAGUUUUAUUAGGAGUAACUUAAUUUUUUUCGGGAAAAAAAAUUUUUGAAUAAAAUAUAACAGAGGCACCAGUUAUUGACAGUUCAUUUUUUCAUAGGCUCCAGUAAUUGACACACCAAUAAUUGACACAAAAGGAAAAUCAUUUUAUUCAAAAAUAAUAUUUAUAAUCUAUUUUAGGCCUCAUUUAUUUCAAUGUUAUUUGAGAACACAUAUUUUAUUCUAUCACCGAUGUUCUGAAUUUCUGGUUGAGGUAGUUUUUCAACGAUGUCUUCUAAUCUUAUAGUAGAGAUAUCGUUUUCUGCUAUCUUAAAACAGGAUUUUCCGUUUAUGGAUCUCAGAGAAGCAACUUCAAUAUCAUCCUGCGCGUAUAGUUUUUGUACGACACAGACAUAUUUAUAAAAAAAAACUUUCUUUUUCCCUCCCAUAAACUUAGCCAAAAUGAAGUCUCCAACAUGUAUAUCAUCAUAUUGUAAAUUCGUGGUUAACCCUGAAGUCUUUCUUGAUUUCAAGCGGAUCAAUGGAAUAUGGUCAUACUCAUCUUCAUCUUCUUCUCGUUCCGAAUAAAUGUUGACAUCAUCCAAACUAUCCCCGCUUUCCACCCACUCUUCACCUGAAUCUGAUGAGUCGGAAGGUAAAACUUUCUUCUUUUUGGCUUUUUGUUGAAUUUGCCUGGCUUUCUCUUCCUUUUUUCGUUUCCUUUCUUCCGCUUUAUUUUUUUUUUCUUCCAACAUUUUAUCUUUCUCUCUGGCCUUUUUCAUAUGGUAUUCCUGCCAUUUUUCUGAGGUGAUAGCAGAUGGAAUUUUUUCUUUUUUUCGUUUUUUUUCUGAACUAAUUUCUUCAGGCCAGAAUAGCGCCUUCUUGAAGGGUGUGGGAACUUGUUCUUUUAAUGAUGAAAGAUUUAAGGGUGUUAUGGAUUUCGAUGAAAGGGGGUUAGUCGCAGACAAGAUAGCGGAAGCGGGCGUUAUUUGUUUUUCUGGAGUAGCGAGAGUGUCAUAAGGAUCUAUUGUGGGAUUUUCUUCUGCCUGAUGUCCCAGAUGUAGACCUGAACAUCCCGGCUCCGAUAUAUCAUUAUCUUUUUGUUGCAGAACUUCUCCAUUCGAAUUAUUCGCUUCGAUAGCUUCUGCAAUAGUAUCUUCUUUUCCAAGGUUGUUUUCAUUGCCUGGUUUGACUUCUUUGUCAACUCUCAUGUUACUGAUCGAUUCCAGUUUCAUUGCCGACCAUACAUUAAAUAGUGAAGUAUCUUCAAUGUUUCCAGUCCAAUCAGCUUUGAAAUUAGCUCUAAAUCUUUCUAGUUUUUCGGAGGGAAUGGUUUUCUCCAAGACCAAAAGUCCUUCUUUUGCUUUGGGAAAUUGUUUAGUGUUUGCUGAUUGGGUAGAAAUUUUUGAAAAUUUCACAUUUUCAACAUUGAAUGGACAAAUACCACAGCCCCUAAAGCCAUUUUGUAUCGUCUCUUUUGUGAUUUUUGAUAAGGCCUUCUCAAAUACGGUUCCAAAAUUAUCCUUCCUGAACUUAAUUCCAUGGUUGUCGAGAUGCCAGUCUCUUACAGAUGAUUUCCAAAAUUGCUUAAGGGGUUUGAAAACCGCCACAUCCAUGGGUUGGAUUAAAUGAGUCGAGUUGGGAUAUAAGGCAAAUAGUUCAAUUCCGUUUCUUGAACAGAAUCGUGAUAAAUGUAAAGUCAUAUGCGACACAUGGCCAUCUAUGAACAUUAAAAUCGGUCGUUUAAUUUUUUGACUUUCUAGCCACGGAACAAACACGUUAGUUACGUAUUCAAAGAAGGUAGCGCCACACAUCCAGCCACUUUCUGACCGACCUAAUCCCCAAGUUUUAUUGAUACUGAUUGCUAUAUUGCUUGGAAUACGUUCAUACUUGAAAAUUACCAUGGGCGGAGCAAAUUCUCCAGCGGCAUUUGCUGUCACCAGAACUGUGAGAUUCUCUUUUUCGUCAUUUGUUCCAGCAUUAUACACACUCUUAUCUCCUUUUCUUGCCAAUACUUUGUCUGCCUUUGGCUGUAGAAAAAAUGCACUCUCAUCGGAAUUGAAGACUCUUGUAGGAUCGUUGGUUAUCUCAAACAGGUAUUUAGACUUUAAAUAAAGCUCUAUUUCUUGGAACCAUUGUCGAAGCUGUUGUUCAGACACUUUUUCACGAGCAGGUGUUAAAUUUUGGGCUACCCUCUUACUCAAAAUUGGAUGCCUUUUCAUGAACGAGUCAUACCACUUUCGGCCUGGACGGAAAUUGGUAAAAGGGUUUGGACGUUUAUCGUCUCGAAUUAUCAAUUGGACGCUAUCCAACAAUUGUUCCUUAUUGACUGGAUGAUGUGCCUUAGCCAUCGAAAGAAUCCAUUUUUCGAGAAGAUUCUCUUCAUUGGUGGUCAGAAUGGUGCUGGGUCCCAUUCGGCAAUCCACUGGUAACUUUCCUUGUGAUUUAUACAUCAGCGUCACUCUAGGAACAGAGUGUAGUCUAGCAGCCUGGGCUACAGGUGUUCCUCUUGCCACAGCUUCAAGAGCUGCAUUCAUCUGCUCUUUCGUGUAAUUUUUUUUUGGCGCCAUAUCUGAAAUAUACAAUGACAAUGCUUCAACAAGAUCUAGUUUGUUCUGUCGGGUCCACGUUUAUACGUAUUUUAUUGGGUAUUCGCCAAAGAGGCGUAAUAUCAACCUACCCAAUGAAACACAUAUUUCGUUGCUCCAGUAAUUGACAUCUUAUGUACCAGUAACUGACACCCUGUCAAUAACUGGACCCGAUUGUUUUUUUGAAGCCAUAUUUAUAGGGAAGCUUACACACUCAUACUUGCGUAUCUUAGCAUUAUCCACUGAAUAUGCAUCGAUGUACCAGUCAUUGACACUAGUGUCAAUGACUGGUGAUAUUAGGUUUAGACUUGAUCCAGUCAUUGACACCUCAGCAACCUGGCACUAGAUGAUUUAUGCCCACAGAAAUAUGAUAGAAACAAUACCUCAUAGUCUAGAUGAGCCCCCCAAAUACUUAUAAAACAUCAAACAUAAUUUCAGCAAUUGUUUAAAUGCAUCAAUUAAUUUACUUACCUUAACGAUUUGCUUAACGUUUUUCUCCAGUCACAGACACUUUGCAAAUGGCGGCAUGAAAACUGAAAAUGGAGUUUGGCGAUUCAACUCCCAAUCGGUACAGGGUUGCCAAACCUUCUAUUCUUUAAGAUUUUUUACGUAAAUAUACUCUGUUCACCAAGAUGAUCUUAUUUUUGAAUUAAAUGUGGCUCAGUGUCAAUUAUUGGAUCAGUGUCAAUAAUUGGUACGUUUACCUUAUCAUAGAAGAGGUAUCAAUAAGUUCUAGAAAUACAACCCGAUUCUAGUAUAAUUUAGUAUAAUUAACUUAUUGCCUCUAGAACCUCUGUAAAUAGUGGUUUUACGAAGAUCACAGAAGAGUCGCAAUGUUUCAGAUUUGUGAAUAGUUCAACCCAAUUUAAAAGAAAAUAUAUACAAAAUAACUUACCUCUAAUAUUGGCAGAUCAAAAAUAUAAAACUUAUAUCUUACUGAGCAAUGCAGAUAGAUAGUAGACCUUUAAAGAACAGAAAUGAAAUACUAGCAAUUUUAUUUUGAUUCUUAUCACGAAUGAAAAAAACACCUUUGCAUGGGUUUUUUGUUUCGAAAAUAUGGCUGUUCCGAUAAAAUAUAGAUAAGGUGUUAAUAAAGGAACAAUAGCCAAACAUAUUUUAGUGGAGAUGCUUGAAUAUAUUUCAUUUUAUUUAAAUAUUUUUUUCCACCUAGAUUGCGAAAAUAUCGCACUGUGCAGCGUCUCUUGCCAAAACGUCGGCAUAUAAUCGUCUAUAAUCCAUAUUGCUGAAGAAGAAGAAGACGACGACGACGUCGACAAUCCACUUCUUACUUUUCAAGCAGAAUCGGAUGAUUUUGAACCACCCAAGAAGCCGGCAAAAUGAACUAUUUAAAUCCAACAAUCUCCCAAUGCUAUCUCUUGCCUACACACAUUUAUUAUAAUAAUUACAUAAAAAUGUUGAUAAAUUACAUUGUAAAUAUAUUUCUUGUCAGGGUGAGAACUUAACAGAGCUGUGCGAAAAAUGCAGUUGGCCCUUUUUUUUUGGUUCUGGGUUAAUCUACUUUUUGAACGUAAAUAACAUGUUUCAUGAUAGAACGCAUAGUUGGAGUUGUAGUGGAAAAACCGUGUGAGAAGUGCGGACAUUUUGUGGUUUUGCGAGUACCACAAAGUUAGCUCAGGUCUUUCGAAGCUCGAAACUUGAAUAUACACCACUGAUAGAGGUCCUAACAACAUAAUAAAAAAUCAGAACUAGCCGUUAGUUUGCGAUUUUAUCAAUUUCUCGUGUACUAUAUGACUGGCCUAUUAUGUCCCCCAUUUUCUUUACACCUCCCAUUUUGUAAUUCUCCAGUAAGCCUGUUGUCCAUAGUUCAAUAAACCUUAUUUGCUUGUCAUUCUCAGCAGUAACAAAACAAAAUGUCCAAGAGACAAGCAGAAGAUGCGGGCUCAAGCAAUAACUUGCCGCCCAUAAAGAAAAUCCAUUUUGAACCCCACCUGAUUGGCCCCGUUUCAACACUCGAGGAAAUGGAUAUCAAAGUGUUGCGGUUUCAGAAUAAGAAGCUUGCACAGAGAAUAGAACAAAGAUGUAGAACCGAACAGGAACUGAGGCAGAGAAUAGAGCAGUUGGAGAAAAGACAAACCCAAGAUGAUGCUAUGCUUAAUGUGGUUAACAGAUACUGGAACCAACUUAAUGAAGAUAUCAGAAUACUUCUUCAACGAUUUGAUGCUGAAACAGCUGAUGAAUCAGAAAAUAAAAAUGAAAAUGAAGCUACAACAUCUUUCCUGAUGCAACUAUCUACUUGGGAUAAGGAUGAGCUCAAUGAUAAAUUGGCAAACCGAGUCCAGGUCUCAAGAAGAGCUGUAGCUAAAGUUAUACAAGCUUUUGAUCGACUACUGCAGAGGAAUGAAAAAGUGACUCUGGCAUUAAAAGGCCAAGUUGAUGGGCAGUUCUCCUCAGAAGACGCCCCGACAGUGGAUGAAGCCAUCAGACAAACCAAUAUCCAGCUUCAAGCAGAAAACCGAAAUUUGCAAGCUUUGCACACUUCUCUGCACGAAAAAUAUCAUACCAACAGCCUCAAAGUAGCCGAGCUACAGGAUUCUGUAACCGCCAAGGAAACAGAAACUGCCGAAUUGAAGAAUCAAGUGGACGAUUUGCAAUAUGAACUAGAAAAGGUCAGAAAUAGAAAUGACAAGCUGGAAACCCAUUUAGCCGAAGCUGUGGAAAAAAUUAAGGCUUAUCAUCAGAUGCAUGGUGACCCAGAAAAGGCUGGGGCUACCACCAAACCUGAAAAGGCAGUAGUUCAAAGCAGUGUUCCACAGGCAAAACUUGAAGAUUUAACAAAAGAAGUUGAAGAAUGGAAAGAAAUGGCAAAUAACAGACUGCAGGAAUUGGAUAAGCUACACCAAACGCAUAGAGAAACAUUAAAAGAAGUCGAAAAAUUGAAAAUGGAUAUAAGACAAUUACCUGAAAGUGUCAUAGUGGAAACUACGGAAUAUAAAUGCCUACAGUCUCAGUUUUCCGUAUUAUACAACGAAUCCAUGCAGCUUAAAACCCAACUUGAUGAGACGAGACAACAGCUUCAGACAGGCAAGAAUGCGCAUAUGCGAAAUAUCGAAGUGAUGGAGAGUGACGAGUUAAAUGCUCAAAAGAAGUUGCGCCAAGAAGUGAUGCAGCUAGAAGACUUUUUAGCUCAAUUGAGAAAAGAAUAUGAAAUGCUAAGGAUUGAAUUUGAGCAAAAUUUAGCGGCCAAUGAACAAACUGGACCGAUCAAUAGAGAAAUGAGGCAUUUGAUCACUUCUUUGCAGAAUAACACGCAACAAUUGAAAGGUGAAGUUACCAGAUAUAAGCGAAAAUACAAGGAAGCCAACACUGAAAUACCCAAAUUGCGCAAAGAAAUUGAAGAGUUGCAAGCUAAGUUGGCCCAUAAGGCUGGAACUCACCAUCAUUCUCACCAAACAGAUUCUAAGGAAGGUAUUAAAAAAGAAGAAAUAAAAGAAGAACUUGAUGUCAAGGAAGAAGGUGGAGCUCAGGUCAAGGAAGAGCCAGGUACAGCUGACGUCAAAAAAGAAACGGAAGAUUCAGACCCAGUACAAGAGGGCGAAGGUGAUAAGAACCAAGCUUCAGGAUCUGGAGACAAAAAGGACAUCAAGCAAGAAAAGCCUGUCAUCAAGAAAGAGCAACAAAUCAAAACUGAAAAGGAACGAGAGGCGCAGAGAAUAAAGGAAGCAAAAAUUGUAGAAAGCGAAAUUGUUCGAGAUCUAAAAAAUCAGCUAAAGAAAGCUCUAAACGAACAAAAGGAAAUGAAGUUGCUGUUGGAUAUGUAUAAGGGAGUUAGUAAGGAGCAGAGAGACAAAGUACAGUUAAUGGCAGCGGAAAAGAAACUAAGAACGGACUUGGACGAAUUGCGACAGGUGUUAAAAAAAAUGCAAGAAAAUAAGCGAGAUAACCGUAAGCUAGCCGAAGACGAGGCGCUUAAAAGGAUCAAGCAACUUGAAGAACAAAAACAUGAAUUACAAAGGCAGGUACAAUCGCAAAAACCGUCAGAUGGAAACUGGCCUAGUGGCGUAGUCCAUCCAAUGAGACCUUUUGUUGGCUCUCAUGAAGAAGAAACAUUACUUAAUGAAAUGGAAGUUACUGGGCAAGCUUUUGAGGAUAUGCAGGAACAAAAUUCUAGAUUGAUCCAGCAACUCAGAGAAAAAGACGAUGCAAAUUUUAAGCUGAUGUCUGAACGGAUUAAGUCCAAUCAACUUCACAAGUUAGCUAGGGAAGAAAAAGAUAUUUUAAAUGAUCAAGUUGCAACAUUGACAUCUCAGGUUGAUGCCAUCAAUUUAGUAGUAAGAAAACUAGAGGAAAAAGAACGGCUAUUACAAAAUACUUUAGCGCUUGUGGAAAAAGAAUUGCAACUACGCCAGCAAGCGAUGGAGAUGCACAAAAGAAAGGCCAUUGAAUCAGCGCAAUCCGCCGCUGAUCUAAAACUUCAUUUAGAAAAAUAUCAUUCUCAAAUGAAAGAGGCUCAACAAGUAGUAGCCGAAAAAACCUCAUCCCUAGAAGCUGAAGCCUACAAAAACAAGCGACUGCAAGAAGAAAUAGCCCUGGUAAAACGCAAAGCAGAAAGAAUGAAAAAGAUGGAAUUAGCUGGGACCACCUUGGACGAAGUCAUGAUGGAGGAAAUUCGUGAAUACAAAGAAAUCCUUACUUGUCCUUCCUGCAAAGUCAAAAGGAAGGAUGCGGUAUUAUCUAAAUGCUUUCACGUAUUCUGUUAUGAUUGUCUCAAAACCAGAUAUGAAACAAGGCAAAGGAAGUGUCCAAAAUGUAACUGCGCAUUUGGUGCUAAUGAUUAUCAUCGCUUGUUCUUGUCAAAUUAAGUGUUUGCUUAGCUGUUGUGAUUUAUAGAUAGAUAGGUUAGUUUUAUUUAGAUAUAGGAAUCAAUACAUUUUUUUUUUACUACUUACCCAAGAAAUAGUAUUAUUCAAUCUAUUUUUCUAGGAGAA